AUGGGCCGAUUCUACAACCCGUUCAGUCCGCGCCGGUCGAUAAUCGCAGAUGCAGGUACUGAUGCGGAUGCAAAUGCAGGAACAACCCCCGGACCCACUACAGAGCAACCGCAAUCGAAGGAACGCACAACGGCGCCGAAAAGCCGUCACGCACCCCACCCCUCUGUCGACACAAUCCCAGACAGACUAGACGAUAUCAAAGACUACGUACGCGGUGUCAGCAGCUACAUCCAAUGGCUCCAAGGCCUUACCGAACACGAGCGAUCGAACGUCACCCGCGUCACGGAGAUCAAGCGCGAACUGAAGAGUGCGCACCGCGACCUCGAGAAGCUCGAUGCGAAUUUGUACUGCGAAAUUGGAGAUGAGAUCGAGGCGCUGGUCAAAGAUGCGAAGAGACAUGCUUGGCGGUCGUAUAAGAAUGUGGUGAAACUUGAAGAGAGGCUAAGAGGGCCGAAGGGAGGCGGCGAUACCGGGGUGAAGCUGCGGAGGAUAUCGGGCCCGCAGAAUGGAGGGAGAAGGAAUACGUCGACGGAUAAUGGAAAGGUUGAAGCGUAUGUUCGUGGGGAUGCGGAGGAAGAGAAGCAGGCGUUCGAAGACGCUCUUGACGUGCGGCGUCGGUCUGUUGUUGAAGGCGACCACUACGAAGAUACAUACCUCAUGUCCGGUGGCCUACCAGUUGGAGAUAUACACCCGCCAGUUGCAGUCCAGAGAGCAGGACGCGCCAACGCAUUCGAGGCGCUGAGACAACUACCGCGUCUCAUCAUCCACGGAGCGCCGUCGCAAUGCUCGGAGAGCCUACGCCUACCUACAACGCAUCCCCUCAAGUUCCCGCAACCGAGAGACGAGGUCAAGCUGCGCGUACAAGAAGAGGAGGCCAACAUGGAUCCUGUUCUGCGCAACCCGUACAAAGAGCGCAGAGGUAGCUGCAAUGGCUUCAUGAUCACCGAGAUGACGAUGCAAGGGAUCGAGGAUGCUCGCUUCGUUUUGCCUUAUCUGCAUUACAUGAAGCUUCACGAGCUGCGUGCGAUCAAAGAGUGGCUGAGCAAUGCAGGCUUCAUUGCGAGCUCUGGCUCGAUGAGUCGCAUGGAGAAGGCGCUCCUCUGUAUACAGCUCCUGCAGACUGGCUGUCGAUACGAAACGCUGGCUGUGAUCCACUCGCGCUCGCCACGCCAGGUCAUGGAGUCGUGCAAUGAGGUCAUGCGAGCUCUGUUGCAAUGGCAUCGGAUGACGGUCGACGAUGGCGACAUAGGAGAUCAGGCCGAAUACAUCGUUCUCUGGGGCAUCUGGCACAAGUAUGUCGUUUCCGAUGGAAGAGCAGGGCUGUACUUUGGUUUCGACUGGACGUGUCUCGCCAAAGUCCUCGUCGCACUCAACGUGUACAUGGGCCGCUGGCGCAUGCAGGGCAAGUUUGCCAUGGACGGUCCUGCAUUUGCAUGGGGCAAGUUCUUCGUGCCGGCGGUCGAUGGCAGAGAAAUCCCGGAUACGAUGGAUGGAAACCACGGAGAGCGUAAUGACGCCGAGAGGAGGUCUCUGGACGAGGUGGCUCGGCGGGGUACAACUGUGUGA